UGUACACUGUACAAAGUCGCUCCAUAGGGAAAUCUGGAGAUUCUAUCCCAAGGGCUAUCAACAUAUAACCACAGCAGAGGGCACUCCCCGAAGACUUGUUUGCGCAUAUGGAGCGGGGGGGGGGGGACAAAGAAUCCUCUGGGACAGAUCUCCGGCCACACCCCUUUAGUGAAUCAUUUUGCCUGCCGCCCGCCAUGUUCAAAUUUGAUGAAAUUCCGGGGACAUUGACACCGGUUCGAUCCGUUCUCCAAUUUGAAGCCCCUUACGGAACGAGCACGUUUUCAACAUUACUGGCGUAGCCUAGGCAGAGGUACCGAAGCCAAAAGCGAGAUCGAUCGGAUGACACAAGUCUAAUGUGGGGCGACUAGGCUGCCAGUCUAAGUCUAUACCUUUUGAAACACAUGAGGGCGCUCUUUUUAACGUGCCCUGAAAAUCACAUGUCAUAUGAACCAUGUCAUGAGAUCAAGAUAAUGGGUGAGCAGUUGUUAUUAUUCCUCUAGUCAACGGUUUAACUUUAUUUAGUAAAAACAAAAGUAUUUCGUCAGUGAUGACAUCUUGUGUCAAGUCGUAGUUUUUCCCAAAGUGGACGACAGUGCAAUGUCAUUGAUUUAUCCCAAGGCGUGAUACGGUUGAGUAAAAGUAUCUACGGGUCAAAGUGAUAGUUGCUUUGAAUGGUUGGCCUGCAUUAUCAGGGGAUAAAAAGCAACGAAACCCCAAACUGAUGGUCAGGAAACCGUCUUCAAAUAACCAUUAAUCAUCGCUGCCAAUCAUCACUCUUUCAGGAUGAAUAACCCAGAAUCAGAUCAGAAUUAUUCCAUACAGUACACAGAUGAAGAUCAGCUCCUUGAUACAACGGGAUCCAAUGGGGUCAAAGUAGAGGUCAUUGACUCCGUGGGUGACCCCUACACUUCGUAUGAGCAUUCCGGCAUAGAACACAAGGUGUACGGCAGGCGUUGGUAUAUCCUUGCAGUAUUUGCUUCGCUUGGCUGUCUUCAAUGUAUUACCUGGAAUUCCUGGGGACCCAUAGCAGACACAAGCAAGUUGGUUUUAAAUUGGACAGAUGGAGACAUUGCUCUUCUGACCAACUGGGGUCCGAUAACCUACAUUGCGACUGGACUGUUUUUCUCAUGGCUACUGGAUGUUAAAGGUUUAAAACCCUCCGUAGUUGCAGCAUCAUUUAUCAUGCUGAUUGGACUAGGGGUACGAUGCCUGCCGGUAGGCAUUGAUAACAUCAAAUGGACGAUGAACAUUGGUCAGAUCUACAUUGGAAUUGCUGCACCGGUUUUAAACGCUGCUCCAACGAUACUUUCAGCUGUUUGGUUUCCUCCCCACCAGCGUACAACGGCCACCGCAAUAUCAAUAGCAUCAAUUUCCAUGGGCUUUGCUGUCUCAUUCCUAGUUGGGCCUCUAAUUGUGACUGAUGUUGAGACUACCAAUGGUACAAGCAUCAAUGCAACAGAUGAGAGUUUCCUUUUGUAUGACUCCAACGAACCAUUGGACCCGGUUGUCAGGACACACCACUAUCAUCAGAUAAUGCUCCUGAUGUAUAUAGAGUGCGGAGUUGGUGCUCUCUUAGCGUUAUGUACUGUUUUGUACUUUCCUUCCAAACCUCCGACACCUCCUAGUGCGUCUGCCGCUACUAAAAGAGAUAAUUUCAAAAAGGGAGCCCUACACUUAGUCAAAAAUGUGCAGUUUUGGAUUAUUGGAUUGGCGUACAGCGGACUUGGUGUAUACAGUGCCUGGGUGACGCAGCUAGAUACUAUCUUCCAGAAUGCAGAUGGGGUUAGCCAAGAUACAGUUGGCUGGAUUGGAUUUUACACAAACAUUGCCGCGACGUUUGCUAGCCUGAUCAUUGCAAGACUUGUGGAUUGUUUCCAAGGUUACAUGAAAAAGAUUCUCCUUAUACUGACGGUUCUUGCCACAGCGUCUUGUCUAUGGUGCUUUUUAUUAUCGCUGAAAAUAAUUACAUUCCAAAUUGAGUUCCUGUAUAUUUCCUGUAUAUCAUUCGGGUUCUUCCUAUCGAGUUGUACCCCGAUCUAUUUUGAGCUCACCGUUGAGGGCGUUUACCCCGUUGCUGAGGGGGUGACAACGAUGGCGUUGACUUUGUUGAACAACACCGCCGCUCUACUCUUUCUUCUACCUCCACUUAUUCCUGGUCUGGGUGUCGACUGGAUGAGUUGGGCAGUGCUUUCAACGACAGCUGUGGGAAUACCAUUAUUAUUAAUCUAUCGAGACAGUUAUAAUCGUUUGAAUCAAGAUGUACUGGAGCAAUCCAGCAGAGUCAACGUCAAUGAAAAAGACAUUUGAGUUGAUGUCAUAAACCGUGUUUUCUUUGGAAAAUGAGAAUUGUGGUAAGUUUUUACAAUGCUUAAUUUACAGAUCUGCUUACUGUAAGUAAAACAAAUCAAGACAGCUAAAAAAAAUUAAUUAAGAGAAGCAAAUCUCAAGCAAGGAAGUUUUGCUUGUGUAAAUUGCCCAGUUCUUAAUUGAAUUAACUGAUUACAUUAUUUAUUGAGCAAUCUACGGCCAUCAGUUUUCAGACUUAGGGUACUCUUGGCUUUGUUGUUAAAAAAUAAAUAAAGCAAUAUUUUAUUUAUCAAUAUGUGUUGAGAAGGAAACAUAAAUUAUCUUCUGGGAUAAGUGUUGGGCUGAAUUGUUCUGAAAGCCACGGUUGUUUAAAUCGUAGCUAACAUUUAUUGGGCUAACCAUAAUUCAAUUCGAUCAAAUUCUAAAUGCACAAUUUAUAAUUUUGUAUAUUUUUCGUCAUAAUAUGUCAAUUUGGGGAGAAACUUUUUCUUCAGGUACACAAUUGUAAAAUAUUAUUAAAGGUUCUUUGCAACUCUUUUUAGUGUGUUUAAAAUUAUUUAAACAAAUAAAUUAUUUAUAUUGUAUUAUUAUUAUUUUUACAAAUGGAUUACAGAGUUGGCUACCACCGAAAGAUUGUUACAUGAAUUGUUGUCUUUCUAAAAUGGCAUUCUUUCAAUAUACAAUGCCAAUUUUCGUAUUACUUCUUUCACAAUUAAUUUAAAUUGUGUAUUUACAUUUAUAUGUCGUGAAUAUUUUUUUAAUUGGGUAUUUAAUACUUGAAUUUAUAUUACUUUUAACUUUACUUGAAAUUAUUUCACAAUUAAAAUAUUAAUAAAUUCAUUGUAGUAAAUGUGUUGUAGAAACUACUACACUCUAAAUGUUGCAAAAGGAAGUCAAGUUUAACUGAAGGUUACAAGGAUAGUUGAGUUUAGCUGAAGGUGACAAGGAUAGUUGAGUUUAGCUGAAGGUGACAAGGAUAGUUGAGUUUAACUGAAGGUGACAAGGAUAGUUGAGUUUAACUGAAGGUGAGAAGGAUAGUUGAGUUUAGCUGAAGGUGACAAGGAUAGUUGAGUUUAGCUGAAGGUGACAAGGAUAGUUGAGUUUAGCUGAAGGUGACAAGGAUAGUUGAGUUUAACUGAAGGUGACAAGGAUAGUUGAGUUUAACUGAAGGUGAGAAGGAUAGUUGAGUUUAGCUGAAGGUGACAAGGAUAGUUGAGUUUAGCUGAAGGUGACAAGGAUAGUUGAGUUUAGCUGAAGGUGACAAGGAUAGUUGAGUU